AUAAAAAUCCAAUAUGGCCGCGGCCACGAUACCAAAUAAAACGUCAACUUGGAUGUUAUUAGCGGCAAAGUGGAAUUAUCGUGUUAUUUUAGUUAUUUAGUUGUUUUAGUUAAAAAAUUAACAGAAAAAAUGAUAACACCAACACCAGUUAUUCCUCGUGUUUUUUCCGCCAUUCAAAAUGUAAAUACAAAAGAAUUAGCAAUGUGCUCUGAGAAAGAGGUACGACCAAUUUUACCAUGUUUGGUUAGAAUGAGUUUAAUAUCACCUCUGGAUAUAACAAAAGAAUGUGUCGAGGCAAGAAAAGAAAUUUUAACAAUUCUCUCAGCAAUUGAAUCAGUCAAUUCCAUAGUUGGUUUACUGUCAAUUGAUUUUCAUGGUUUGGAAAUUGACGUCCGGAAAGAACAACAAUUAAGGCAAAAAUUAGGAAACAGCCAGAGUGACAGUGUUCUCGCUCAAUCACUUCAAAGUGGAUUGGCACUUGAAUUCGAGAGAAGUGAAGCAUCACGACGGAUUCGUCUCGUAUUGAGUGAAAUUCUCUUCAUCUCGUCCCAAAUACGAGAACAGGAGAAAAAUGAGGACUUUCAAAUAAAACAAUCCGAUCUAUUCGACAAUGCAGUUUAUAUGGAGGAAAUAAGUUACGUUAUUUGCAUAGCACUCGCCGAAUUACCCGAUCUCUUAUCAAUACCAGUUAUUUGCGAAACUCUUCUACACGUGAAUCAUGGACCCGAAAUAAUAUGUUGGGUAGUGGCAAAUAGUCCCGACAGUUUCACCGAAGUGUGCACACAUUUAAUAGUCAAUGGCGAAAGACAAGAGGAAUCAAAUCUCGGAAGUAUUCGAACGCAAGCCUUAACAAUGUUAUGCCGAAUGAAUCCCAGUCAAUCACUCGCUGUUCGUGCAAAGUGCGUCGAACUCUGUCGAAUGCCAGCACUCGCAAUCACCCUCAGUCUUGAAAACGAAUCAAUGAGCAAUUCGCCCUAUCAAAGCGAUAUGGUUGCAUUUGUCUCCGGUCUUCUUUUAGGAAACGAUCAACAGGUGAGAAAUUGGAUUGCAAUGUUCAUUAGAAAUGGUCAGAAACGAAAAUGGGAAUCACACACGGCUCUACAAUCACUACGUGAGGAAUUAUUGCGGAGACUGCAAAAUAUUGUUUCACACAGUUCAGAUUCACAAUUAGCCGAAUCUCACGUUGUGCAAGCAAGUGCACUACUACGACUCUAUUGCGCUCUGCGAGGAAUCGGAGGAAUUAAAUUUCAGGACGACGAGAUUUCAAUGAUUGUCAAACUAUUGACUUCUCAUCCACCACCAUCGCCAGCGGGGGUACGUUUUGUCUCCCUAGGACUGUGUAUGCUAAUCGCGUGUCCUUCUCUGAUUAGUCACACAAAUUUGGAAAAGAAGAGUAUCGAAUGGGUCCAGUGGUUGGUGCGCGAAGAAGCCUAUUUCGAAAGUGCAAGUGGCGUUUCAGCGAGUUUUGGCGAAAUGCUCCUCCUCAUGGCCAUUCAUUUCCACAGCAAUCAACUGUCCGCAAUCUGUGAAUUAGUUUGCGCAACCCUAGGAAUGAAAAUACCCAUCAGACCCAAUAAUCUCACAAGAAUGAAACAAAUAUUCAUGCAGGAAAUAUUUACCGAACAAGUCGUCACAGCACACGCGGUUAAAGUUCCCGUAACUGCAAAUCUAAACGCAAAUAUUCCCGGCUUUCUUCCCGUUCACUGCAUCCAUCAACUGUUAAAAUCACGAGCGUUCGCCAAGCACAAGGUACCAAUCAAAAAUUGGAUCUACCGUCAAAUUUGCGACAGUGUACCACCUCUACAUCCAGUUCUGCCCGCACUCGUCGAAGUCUACGUGAAUUCAAUUUUAGUCAUCAAUAAUAAAGCAUCCGAUCACACAAAUAAACCAAUCACCGAAGAUGAAAUUCGCAAAGUAUUUCAAAACAGUGUCUUCGGGGCAAAUUUUGACUCGAAAAAAAGUGUCAUGAGCAUCGUUGAAAUGGAAACCGAUUACAUGGAUGUCGAUACAUCAAAGCCAUCAUUAACAUCGCAAUUAUUAUUUUUAUACUAUCUUUUACUCUACGAAGAUGUGAGAUUAUCAAAUAUGCAUCAUUUUAUAUCACAGGGGAAAAAAGUCAAAUCAUAUUCCACGGAUUUUCUAUCUGAAUUACCAAUCAAGUAUCUAUUACAACAAGUGCAACGAGAUCAGAUAAGUUACGCUGGUCUAUUUUCACCACUCUUACGACUAUUAGCAACACACUUUCCCCAUUUAUCGUUGGUUGACGAUUGGUUGGAUGACGAUAUGAUCAAUAUAAAUUCAGUCACAUCGAAUCAGGAGAAAUUGACUAUUAAUGAUUCAUCAAUUAUCGAAUCAUUUGGACAUAUUAAAACAUGUCCCUCAAGAACAGGACGAUUAUUGCGACAACUUUUAUCAAUGAAACCUUCCGAUAUUUGGCCCCACGCUUCCAUUAUUAUUCACUAUUUCAAGGCGAUUCUCGAUGAGAAAGUGCCUAGAUAUAUUCAAGAAUUGUAUAAACAAGUAUGGCUGAGAUUGAAUACAGUUCUACCGAGAUGUUUAUGGGUUUUGUCGAUAAAUUCACUAUUAAUAGAAAAUUCAACUGUGAAAAAUGUUUUCUUGACGCAAGAAAAUAUUGUCUUGGAUCCGUUGCAAGUUCUAAGAUGUGACACGAGAGUUUUUCGAUGCGCACCUGUGUUGUCAGUGAUUCUUCGAAUUUUACAAGCAACUUUGGCAGCAUCGAGAUCGCAACUUUCGAGGCACAUGCAAGACAGGCCGUUAACUGAAAAAAUAGGUCAAUUAACGAGUGAAGCUGAACGAGAAGAUUUAAGAACGGCUUUGGUGGCCGGUCAAGAAAGUGCAGCAGUUCAAAUUCUUCUAGAGGCAUGUUUAGAAACAGAAGAAGAUCGAAUUAUUCCCGGUCAAAUGUGGUCACUACGAGAAAUAAGGAGCGUUAUUUGUUCAUAUUUGCAUCAAAUUUUCAUCGCUGAUCCCUCAUUAGCAAAAUUAGUCCAUUUUCAGGGUUAUCCAAGAGAACUUCUACCAAUAACCGUAUCCGGAAUUCCGUCAAUGCACAUUUGCCUCGAUUGGAUACCGGAAUUACUAUCACAACCAGAACCUGAGAAACAAGUGUUUGCUGUCGAUUUGGCAUCGCAUUUGGCUGUUCAAUAUGCGCUUCCAAAAGCACUAAGUGUUUCGCGAUUGGCAAUUAAUACAUUGAUAACAUUAUUGGGAGUUUUACCAGCCAAGGAUAGAGUGAUUCUUUUUAUGCCUGUUUUGUCAGCGUUAACUCGCAUUUGUUUGGCAUUCCCGCCAUUAGCCGAGGAUACAACGGGACUGCUACUACAAUUGGGACGAGUUAGUUCUGCGCAAGCAGCAUUGGGUGAUAAAUCUGCCGAGAUAUUGUGUCAAGAAGUUAAUGCAACAUUCUCAUCUCUAUUGCAGAAGGCCAUAUUGCAAUCGAGAGUAUACUGAGCAUAUUGUUUUUUUCUUUUGUAAAUUGUUGUAAAUAAAAAUUAAUUGUAUCUGAGAAUACAAUAAUUCUAAACACCAACUAUAUUUCACUUCGUUUCCAAGAAAAUAAUUUAUUUCUACGAUAAUAAAAAAUGUUUAGAACUUUGUUUUUUCUAAUUUUACGAAUUUUACAAAAAGAAAAGCGGAAUUUUGUUUCUAUUAAAGAAUUAAAUCAAUUGUAAUUUUUUUAGAAUCACGUUAUUUAAAUACCAAAUAGUCUGUUACGAAUUUGACAAUAAAUUGUGUAAAUAAAUAAAA